AUGUGGAGGGAGAAUGGAUCCUCUGAAUCCGAUUCAACAGCUGUUUCGAACUCCGUCAAAGAUCCAGAACUGGGAAAUCAGUCAGCUUCUUCCUCUCUAGUUCCCAUCACGAUCCUGAAACGUCAGAUCUCAAUCCCAGGGAUGAGACUGAUGCCCUUCAGGAAGACCUUCAGGAUAACUGGUACUGGAGAAUCUGAGAAGGAACAAGUUUUCAAUGAACAUAACCAGAAUUGGAAUGGAAAUGAGGACGAUGGUUGGGGGGAGAAUGUGAACGAGAGUGGAGAAGAACGAUGGGAAAGCAGCAGUAGAGCACACCAGUACCCGGUGAGGACCGAAGCUGAAGAUUGUGCGUUCUAUCUCAAGACUGGAACUUGCAAAUUUGGGUUUAACUGCAAGUUUAAUCACCCUCUUAGGAAGAAAAUCAAGGUUGUUAAGGAGAAGGGAAAAGAAAGAGAAGAAUCAGGAGAAAGAUCAGGGCAGACUGAAUGCAAGUAUUAUCUAAAGUCAGGAGGUUGUAAAUACGGAAAGGCUUGUAAAUUUAACCACACCAGAGGAAAAUGUUCUCCAACCACUAUUUUAGAACUUAACUUUCUCGGCCUGCCUAUUCGUCUGGGGGAGAAAGAGUGCCCCUAUUAUAUGCGUACUGGCUCUUGUAAGUUUGGAGCAAACUGCAAAUUCAAUCACCCUGAUCCUACUACUGUUGGAGGAAGUGAUCCUCCUUCAACAUUUGCUAAUGGUGGGGCUGUUUCUUUACAAGGUGUAUCUCAGCCAUCUAUACCCUCUUGGUCUUCUCCAAGAACAUUCAAUGAAACUGCCCCGUUUGUGCCAAUGAUGAUUCCUCCUGUUCAAGGGGUUUCUCCCCAAAGUUCUGAUUGGAAUGGAUAUCAGGCACCUGUCUACCUACCUGAGAGGACUAUGCACCCACCAUCUACAUACAUUGUGAACAGCCCAGCUAUUGAAACAAAUGUCUUUAUGCAUCAUCCGAAGCAGACGCAGGUUGAAGAGUUUCCAGAAAGGCCUGGUGAACCAGAGUGCAGUUACUACUUAAAAACUGGCCAUUGCAAAUUUAAAUCUAAUUGUAAAUUUCACCAUCCAAAGAACCGCAGUACAAGACCUCUAUGCACUCUAAGUGACAAGGGUCUGCCUUUGAGACCUGACCAGAGUGUCUGCUCGCACUAUAGUCGCUAUGGAAUAUGCAAAUAUGGGCCGUCUUGUAAGUUUGACCACCCAACAAACCUAUCGCCGUCAAACAUGGCUGGACUGGAUCAGGAAUCCUCCUGCACAGACUUUGCUAGUCUGGAAGUAGCUGAGAUGGCUGGAAGUAGAGGUGCAGGUGACUCCGCAGUUAAGCAACCUGUGUAAACAUUUUCCACGGCGGAUCCUCUAACUUUCAGGAUGCGUACUGCCCAGAAUUUGUAAUUUUUCUUAAGGACAUGAUAAAUUUGUUACUCUUUCCAUUUCUGCACAAUGCGGCACAAGCUUUGCAAAGAAUAGCGAGAUAUUAUAUAAAUAACUAUUUAUUAGAACUUAGAAGUUA